GUUCAUCGGUGUAUUUCACCAAUUCAUACUAUCCAACACUGGAUUUCAGGAUUCAAGACACCAGAGUAAACCUGAAUUGCUGUCAUAUUGACCACACUCGGAGAAAGACUCAAGAUGGCUGGACUUGCACCUUACAAAGCCGACUUCCUCCAGGCGGCCCUGGAGGGCGGGGUUCUCAAGUUUGGCAGCUUUGAGCUCAAGUCGAAGCGCGUCUCGCCCUACUUCUUCAACGCUGGAGAGUUCUACACUGCCAAGCUCCAGAGCGCCAUCGGAACCGCGUUCGCCAAGGCCAUCAUCGAGGCCAGCCAGCAGAACUCGGACUUUGCCUUCGACAUCGUAUUCGGGCCCGCCUACAAGGGCAUCCCGCUCGCGACCCUGACGAACCUGAAGCUGGGCGAGCUUGACCCGGCCACCCACGCCGAAACCCUGUGCUCAUUCGACCGCAAGGAGGCCAAGGACCACGGCGAGGGCGGCAACAUCGUGGGAGCCCCGCUCAAGGGGAAGAAGGUGCUGAUCAUUGACGACGUCAUCACCGCCGGGACGGCCAAGAGGGAGGCCAUCCAGAAGAUCCGCCAGGAGGGAGGAACUGUUGCUGGCAUUGUGGUCGCCCUGGACCGGAUGGAGAAGCUGACUCCUCCCGAUGGCGACGACACCAAGCCCAUGCCCAGUGCGAUGGGUGAGCUGCGCAAGGAGCUUGGGGUCCCAGUCUUCGCCAUCAUCACCCUGAACGACAUCAUCGACGGAGUCAAGAGCAGGAAGUUGGCGUCGGAAGACACCAUCAAGAGCAUCGAGGAAUACCGGAGCAAGUACAAGGCCAGUGACUAGACUGGCUCCUGCUCCGUAUCUAGCUUCAUUGCUAGCAAAGGUCCGCAAUCCGAAAUGGAUGUCAACAUCCUAAACGCCUCGCCACCCUGUGCAAUUCGUAAAAGUCCGGUCACUCGUGUGAAUCCAGUUUGCCUGGUCGCGCGACGGCCAGGAGACCAACGGCCAUGCUUACACGGCCGAGCUGUGUCUCCACGGAAUCAUCCCCGCCAUAGAGAGGCGGUGUCGAGGCAGCAUCACUUGGAUGACUGAGCGGGUCCCGGGAAAUCCAUCACCAUAUCAUGCCAGCCUCCUCCACCAAACUCAGCCUUGCUCUUGCCUGCGUGCCUGAAUCCGAACCGCUCAUAGUAGCUAACAAGGUACUGUUCAAAACAUCAGUAUGUCUUUUGAUGACGGUGGGAUCCCAGUUCCUGUAGAGACCAGAAGGUGAACGUACGUCCUGGCAGAUUAGGGCCACGCGCUCGGAUCCAAGGUUCUUCAUCUGCUGGAGGAACGACUUCAUGAUAAGCUUGCCGAGGCCGCAUCCCUGCAGCUUGGGCGACACGGCCAGCGAGUGCACGCAGAUGGUGCGUCCGCCCUCCCUGUGGCCCUUCUCGACGCGCUGGGCCUGCGAGGCCUGCCAGCCCGCGGGGAUCUCCAUGUCGCUGUCCUGGACGGUGCUAGAAUUGGACGCGGUCGCGAUGAUGUGCGCCAGCAGGACGCUCUUGGCCUGGUCCGCACGGUCGGUCUCGACAGGGUGCGCAGUCGCGAGAGUCUCGAUGUCAAAGUCCUUGGCAAGGUCGGGGACGACAGUGCAGAAGACACCCAGGCUCAGCUCAGGACAUUUGGUCAGACGGUACUCAAGCUAGACACGCGUGGCUGGUCAGCCAACCACUUCUUUACCUUCAAACCUGUCAAAUGAUGGGAAUAGGGGGGAGGGAGGUGCAAACCUUCUCAGGAGAGGCCCUGUGCUUGGGGUUAGAAAAGGCGGCAUUCUCAAGGGCGACAGUAGACCGCAGAUCAGAGAUGCCAAGAGGUCGAAUGUUUGGGGCAAAGGGAAACGGGAGGAUCUCCUGAAUGCGGUUCUCCUUCACCUUCUCCUUGUGGUCACGGCGCUUGGAGCUCAUGGUGCGCUGGAGCUCGGCAAACUCCUCGUCAGCCUCCUCGUCCUCGAUGGCGGCAUCGUCGUCGUCAAACUGACGGUCCGGCUGCUUGGAGGAGGCCAUGUCCAAGGCUUUGCUGCAGUCCCACAGAAUGGUUUCUUCCCAAGGUGAGGUUCAAGAGGCUGCGGCACGCAGUCCGGGCGAGGUUGGCCUGUCUGAGGAUGGUUAGACUCGUGACCAGGCAGAGCGAGGCCGUGAAACACGAGUUUGGGCAGCAGGAUGAGAGUACCGUGACACGGCAAACAAGAGGGCAGGAGUGACUCCUCUGGUGGGUGUGGUGUUUGUUCAGAGAGAGGGGGAGAGGAUGAGAAGAUGGAGGCAGUUGUCAAGGUGAGACAGCUAGUAAAAGUAUCUCGACUUUGCUUUGCGUAGAUGCGUGGAGUGUCUGUUGGUGGGUGUCGAGGCAGAGGAUGUUGUGGAACCCUGAAAGCGGGUACCUAGGUAGCUUGCAAGGUGUGGUGGGGAAGGGGAAGAUGGAUGUGGGACGAUUUGGCAGGCCUGGCCUGCCUUGGGAUGCCCUUUUUCUCCUUGCUUCUUGUGCAAGUAUUUCACCAACCGGGAAGGAGAAGAGAUGGCAGGCCUGGCAGCUGUUGAAUAUCCGGGUGCUGUCUACUCAAGUAGGCAGGAUGAAAAGGAAUGGGGCUUUGAGGGAGCUGGUGUCACUUUCAGAUGAAUGGGUCCAAGGUGAAGAAGGAGGACUAUUCACUCCGCAGGUGUCAGUUACCCGGCAUGUGGCAGAUUGAGCCCACAGCAGACAUACGCACCUGGCCCAAGUGACUGAGAGGGACCGAGAGGGACUGAGAGAGACUGAGAGAGUGACUGACUAGCCCAGGGAGACUGUUUGGGCAGAGAGGUCAAGCCAAACUAGACAACCAAGUAACGGGUCAGGCACCGCUCCCUAGUAGGAGACCCACAAGGCGGAUGGACAGACGGGAAUGUGUACUCUAGAAUGAGUAGUAGUAGGCUUGUUCUUGUCAAUUAUGUGGAUGGUGGGGUCCAGAAUGGUCACGCGCAGCCGGGACCCCUGAAGGUUAAGACUGCAUGCUGGGGAAAGGGAGUCAAGGAGGACUAGGGAAAGCUGCCAGAGAGCCGUCCAACGUGGUGCCCGGAUGCUGCCAGGCUGCAUGGAUGGGGGAGUGGACGAGGCUGUUUCUGUGUGGUUACUGCACAGCACAGCACUGCUAUACCACCGGGACGCUAUGGUCAAGGC